CCCUUCUAUAAACCCUUGAAGUUGAAACAAGCGAUCUGCUGCGGGCUCUCUGUCAAUUCUAUCAAUGGAGUCUCUUUCGAGUUCUGUGUUUUUCUCUAACCUACCAGAGAUUCGCCCAGUUCUCAAUAUCCCUUCUUCCUCAUCUUUUUCUUCGUAUUCAAUGAAACCCCUUAAUAACAGAGUCGAGUCAUUCAAAUUCGUCGAAACUCAUCCUUGCAUUAGCCUCCGUGUUCGUGCCUUGACACCUGACCAUGCCUCUGGUGAAGCCGAAGAAGAGAGGCCCCUUAACGAUGGUUUUGGCUUCGUUCCUGAUCAGAAUCGGACCCUCUUUCCGCCUCAGUCUAAUCUAAAUCAGUUUGAAAGUAGCAAAAUCGAAACUGACAAGAUAUUGGCAAAUGAGACACCUCAUAUGGUAUCACAUGGAAGUGGAUCUGGUGGGGGUACAAGAGCUGGGCUGUUUAGAACACCAAUUUCUGGUGGAGUGCAGAGUGCAACGUCAGCUCAUGGCUUGCCUCGACCAGCCUUGGCGGUCCGCAAUCUGAUGGAGCAGGCCAGAUUUGCUCAUCUGUGCACCGUAAUGUCUCGGAUGCACCACAGAAGAGAAGGGUAUCCAUUUGGUUCUUUGGUAGAUUUUGCGCCUGAUUCAAUGGGGCAUCCAAUAUUUUCAUUUUCACCAUUGGCCAUCCACACUCGGAAUCUAUUAGCUGAUCCCAGGUGCACCCUUGUUGUGCAGAUACCUGGAUGGAGUGGCUUAUCAAAUGCAAGGGUGACUAUAUUUGGCGAUGUAUAUCCACUUCCAGAACAUGAACAGGAAUGGGCUCACAAGCAGUACAUAGCAAAACAUCAACAAGGACCUUCCCAGCAGUGGGGAAAUUUCUACUAUUUUCGAAUGCAGAACAUAAGUGACAUAUAUUUCAUUGGAGGCUUUGGCACUGUUGCUUGGGUUGAUGUGAAAGAAUAUGAAGCCCUUCAGCCUGAUAAGAUUGCCGUUGAUGGAGGAGAACAAAAUUUGAAGGAACUCAACGUGACAUUCUCAAAGCCUCUUAAAGAGCUCUUGUCCACUGAAACCGAGGUGGAUGACGCUGCUCUCAUAUCAAUAGACAGCAAGGGAACUGAUGUUCGAGUUCGUCAAGGUGCACAGUUCAACGUACAGAGGUUAUCAUUUGAGGAAGGGAAUGCAAUUGAAACACUAGAUGAGGCCAAGGCCGCUCUCUGGAAACUAAUAAAAAAAGGUCAAGGACACAAUUUGCAGAAAGGACAAUAAAGUUUUCAAAAUGAAUAAUACUUGUUCUUGCCCUCAUAACUGGAGGGCAUCCGGCUAGAUGACAUGAACUGAGUUGUAUCCUAUCACUUGAAUUAACUCUCUUGUUUUUUUAAUUUCCUUUGUUGUUAUUUUGCUGUAUAACUUGCGAACUCAAUAUUCGUACUGUGUUAUAUGUUGAAAUAAUAGUGGCAAUUGGCGAUCGCUUGCCUAAA